UUAUGAACGAUGGAAGACUGUGUCGGUGGUCCCAUUGAAAUUGAACGCGUCUCAACUAAAAUCUAAGCAAACUCUUACCGAAGAAGAAACAACGACUAUUCCUAGGGUGUGAUUUUGAUCAUCAUCUUCUUCAAUUAUCAUCUAAGAAACCCUAGAAGUUUUUCAGUGUUUUUUGGGGAAAAGAAAAGAUGGGUGAAGGGGGGAAGGAGAGAGGAGUCGCCAGCGCCGAUCCGCCUCAACCUCAGUACGGAACCUUCCAGGGAGUUGCCAACUACCCUCCUCCUCCUCCUCCUCAUCCUCAUCCUCAGCCCGUCAUCGGCUUCCCUCCGCCAUCAGCUUCCCUCAACCUGUUCCUCCCUCAGGCGCCUCCCUAUGCUAAUGCCUAUCAAGGCGUUCCAGGUUAUGCUGUUGCUGAAGGAAGACCUGUACCAGAGCGUCGCCUUCCUUGUUGUGGUUGUGGGUGUGGUUGGUUCUUGUUCAUUAUUGGUUUCUUCCUUGGUGCUAUCCCCUGGUAUGUUGGGGCAGUCAUUCUACUUUGUGUGAGAACAGUUGAUUACAGAGAGAAACCGGGAUAUAUCGCUUGCACGAUUGCUGCUGUUCUUGCUACCAUUGCAAUAAUUGUUGGUGCAACCUCGGCUGACUGGUAAUCUUGGAAUGACUAGUUGUAUAUGUUUUAAAUGGGUGCUAUUCUGUAAUCUGCAAAUGGUUGUGAAGAUUCAUAACGUUAAUUACUAUUUUCUUUUUUCGGAAGUGAACAUGUCGAGGGCCCUUUGAAUUGUAACAACAUUGUCAUAUAUUUUGUAAGCGCAUUUAUGUUUUAUAUGUAAAUUGGUUAUGUGGGUGAUUUUUUUUGUACUUGGAAAGUAAGGCAACAAUCGCAUGAACACUGGCUAGUCACUAGCCUUGUAAGAUGUGAGACGUGACUUCAAUGAAGAAUGUCAAUAUGGUCUCUCUGUC